AGAGAAAAAAGCCAUCUGGUCUUUGCUGCACCUCGUCCCUCUGUCUUUAUACCCACCUCCGUCAGCUUUAGACUGAACUGACCCAACUACCAUUACAUUUAGCCAGCACCUUUGUAAUUGCUCUCUGGGCUCUUGCAGGUCAUUAUGUAGGAGAUCUGCUUGCCAUGGGUGUGUGAAUGUGAACAGAAAGGAGGCUGGAGCCAUGUGACUCUCUCUCUCCACCCCAGUGAAUGAGCAGAUUGAUCUCUGGCUUCUUGACUCUUAGCGGUGGGGAAAGGAGGCAGGUGAUUUGGUAUCGUGCCCCAGUGAUACAGAUAUGUGGAGUCAGGAAAGCGCUGUGCUCAGAGGCAGUUUUGUCUAAUUACCUCCUUUCAGCUUCGCUGCAGCUCAAAGCGAGACAGAGGGGCAGAGAGAGAUUCGCUGCUUCCCAGCUGACACUUGCUGUGCUGUCUGAUGCGUGUUUUCAUGUUUCUCACAAAAGAGCUCUUUUGCAAUGCUGUGUACUCAGCCAUGUUUGGGCUACAGAGCUUGUCCAAACUCACCACGAUGCUUGGCUGCAAGCAGCGGGGUAAUUAAAGUUUAUAAUGAAGAUAAUACCAGCAAAGCUGUCGAGGUUCCCACUGAUGUUACUGCCCGGGACAUUUGCCAGCUGUUUGUCUUGAAGAAUCAUUGUAUUGAUGACCACAGCUGGACUCUUUUUGAACACCUCUCCCAUCUGGGAAUAGAGAGAACCAUUGAAGACCAUGAGUCUGUUAUGGAGGUGUCUUCAGGCUGGGGGAUGGACUCAGACAGCCGCCUUUAUUUCAGGAAGAAUUAUGCUAAAUAUGAAUUCUUCAAGAGGCCCCUGGACUUUUUCCCAGAUCACAUGGUCUCCAUAUCCACUGAAACCAAUGGCCUGGUGGAUCACUCUGAGCUCAUACAGACCUUUCUCAAAUCCAGCACUUGUCCAGAGAUCCACGGAUACCUUCAUGCCAAAGAGCAAAGCAAGAAGUCUUGGAAGAAGUUUUAUUUUGUCUUGCGGAGAUCGGGGCUUUAUUACUCCAAUAAGGGGACUUCCAAGGAACCAAGGCAUCUCCAGUUGUUCGCUGACUUCAGUGACAGUCAUGUCUACACCGUGUUGUCAGCCAAAAAACUACAUGGAGCACCUACAGAGUUUGGCUUCUGUGUCAAGUCCACAAAGUGCAGUUCAGCCCGGGACUUGAAGCUGCUUUGUGCCGAUGAUGAGCAGACCAGGACCUGCUGGAUCACAGCCAUGCGCUUGUUAAAGUUUGGGAUGCAGCUGUACCAAAAUUUCGUUCAGCCAUACCAGAAGCAAAAAGCUUCACCAAUGAGAAGCAUCUCAGAGAACUCGCUGGUAGCCAUGGACUUUUCUGGCCAAAAGACCCGGGUGAUCGAGAACCCGUCUGAGGCGCUGUCUGUGGCUGUAGAGGAAGGCCUGUCCUGGAGGAGGAAAAGCUGCCACCGUUUGAGUGGUCAUGGGAGCCCCUCUGCAGCACAGAGCUCUGUGCCAAACAUAGCUAUCCACUUGGCUCAGCCGUGGUUCCAUGGAAAACUGUCCCGGGAAGAAGCUCAGCGUCUAAUCAUUCAACAGGGUCUUAUUGAUGGAGUGUUUCUUCUGAGGGACAGCCAAAGCAACCCUAAGACAUUUGUUCUGUCGCUGUGCCACAUGCAGAAAAUCAAACACUUUCAGAUCUUACCAGUGGACGAUGAAGGGGAGUUGUUCUACAGUCUGGACGACGGUCACACGCGCUUCGCUGACCUGAUCCAGUUGGUGGAGUUUUACCAGCUAAACCGUGGGGUGCUUCCCUGCAAGCUCAAGCACCACUGUGCCCAGAUCACCCUGUGAACAAGGGACCCCCGAGACCCCCCGAGGGCUCACAUGCACCUUAACACCAGGUUCUUCUGAAAACAAACACUCCCAGUGUUCUUGUGCCUUGAGGAAGGUAUACAGACUGUUGUUUUCAAAAUGUGGUCCGGCCUUAUCUUUUUUCCUUUUUCAGAAAAAGCAGAAUUUCACAUCGGACUGUAUAAUAAAUGACUACUGGUGCUGGAGAUCACGUGCAACAUUAUUUUUCGGCCCUGUAAUGUUUGCAUAUGUGGCAGUAAAUCCAACGGGCCGAGUCCAAAUAUGACUUCUUGUACUGUAUAACUGCAGACAGCUUUGAUUCUAACAACAUCGCGACGGCAGUGAAAGAAAGUCUUUUCUUCACUACUGGAACCUGAGUUUUCACUCAAAACAUUUUAAAAGGCUAUCUGCUGCAGUAUGAAUAGAAUAAUUACAUAUACCUGUCAGUUAUGGUCUGUCAAAACUAAUGAUGGUUGUAUCCCAACAAAGUGCGUAGCUGCUUAUUAGCAACCAUAUCAUGCUGGAUAUUGUGGUAUAUAACACCUCCGUUCUGUUAAAUCUGACUAAAUCUAAGCUAUCUCACCUUUCAUUGUCGGUGCAUCUCGAAGUAUUCAGGUAUUUUUUUUUAAAGAAAAUGAUUCAGCUUUUCUAAUGGAUAGAUAAAAUGACCUCUCAGGAAGUGUCACUGUGCAUGUCCGACUGAAAAAGAGAGGUAAUGUCCAGGUAACCUCACUACUCUGCACUGUGCAUUCAUUUUUAAAAAUAUGUGAUUAAAUGAAAUGUUUGUAAUUAGUAGUGAGCUUACUCUACAACAAGAGCCAUGGAGUAUAUUUCACCAAUUUUCGAGCUAAUAAGCAGGACAUACUGUAUGAUUAAUUUUGAUCGCAUCAGAAUUCCCUGUAUAUUAAAAUUCAGGUUUUAUAUUUUCCAAAGAUUCAGGUACACAGUUUGCAACGCCUGGGUUGGUUGUAUUUUGAUGUUACUAGCACUCUUGUUCAUACACAGUGUCAGAUAUGCUUUUGCUGUGUGAUGUUACCACUGAUGGGGAUAUUCAGUGACAAACAGUUUUAUAUUUAAAAAGCCAACAAAGCAUUACUUUCUAGGUACUCUAAGUAUUUUAAAUCACAUGAUUCAUCUUUUUUUUCUUUUUAAGCUGGAAAAAAGUACAGUGAAUUAUGAAUGUCAUGGACUGCAUAGUUUUAUAUAUAAACGAUGUCUGUUUUUAAGGUA